UGGUUGGUUGGUGGGUGUUUCCAAUGGGAAGGGCAGAAGUCUGGAACUGAGAAGUAACCCGUUGUAAGUUUCAACGAAGAACACAAAUGCCAUUUUCGGAUCAAUCCAUUUUUAUACCGAAGUGACAUCGGUGAAUCGUUGAAGUUCAACAUUUUUUCCCCCACGGGAAAAGCCGUAAGGUGGAUCUUUUUUUUUUUUAACGGUAGUGUGUGGUGUCCAGAACAGAUCCAGCCCUGUGGGCCAUACGAGACCAGACCUGGAGAGCAGGCCCAGGCCGCCACCAGAGACCACCACCAUGUCUGAACAGCCUGCGCCUGCUCCUUAACACCCUGUCCCCCCAGCCCCUCUCACCACCCCCCUCCCUCCCUGUGGAUGCCCCCCUGCCUGGUGGUGGUGGAGGAGCCUCCUCUGGUGGGGAGAUGAGCCUGCACCAGCUGAGGGGGGAUCGGGGGGGUUCUGGGUCUGAGAGGGACCUCCAGUCAGCUGCCUCCUCCAUCAGCCUGCCCUCCGUCAGGAAGGCCCCCAAGAAGAGACGCCUCUCCCUGCGCUCGCUGUUCAGCCGGCGCCACCGUGGGGACCGAGACCCCAAGAGGAAAUCACAGGACUUACAGAGCGGCGGUGUGGACGGGAUCGCCAGUGUGGAGAGCAUCCAUUCAGAGAUAUGUCAUGGAGACAAGACCUCGACGCUCUCCGCCCCUGUUGUGGCCUCUUCCUCCUCUGAGUUCCUGGAGUGUCCUCUCUGUCUCCUCCGCCACGCCAGAGACCGUUUCCCUGACAUCAUGACCUGCCACCACCGCUCCUGUGCUGAUUGCCUGCGCCAGUACUUACGGAUAGAGAUCAGCGAGUCGCGCGUCAACAUCAGCUGUCCAGAGUGCUCCGAGCGGUUCAACCCCCACGACAUACGCAUCAUCCUGGGAGACCAGCCCCUCAUGGAGAAGUACGAGGAGUUCAUGUUGAGGAGAUGGCUGGUGGCCGACCCUGACUGCCGCUGGUGCCCCGCCCCUGACUGCGGGUAUGCAGUCAUUGCCUUUGGCUGUGCCAGCUGUCCUAAGAUCACGUGUGGACGUGAGGGGUGUGGCACAGAGUUCUGCUACCACUGUAAACAGCUGUGGCACCCCAACCAGACGUGCGAUGCCGCUCGGCAGCAGAGAGCCCAGAGCCUGAGGCUACGCACCUUCCGUUCCUCAUCUCUCAACUACAGCCAGGAGAGUGGGGCUGCAGCUGAUGACAUCAAGCCGUGUCCGCGCUGCGCUGCUUACAUCAUCAAGAUGAACGACGGCAGCUGUAACCACAUGACCUGCGCCGUGUGCGGCUGUGAGUUCUGCUGGCUCUGCAUGAAGGAGAUCUCUGACCUGCACUACCUGAGGUGA